GUUCUAAAAAUUUUUACCUAUCUGCUUUUAAAUUCGUGUUUUUUUAGCCUUAAAAACUUUGUUUGAAUGUUCUGAUUUAAUUUGAUCAUAUUUUUGCUUCAAUAAAAUAUACCAAAAUGAUCAUUGGGGCUAAACUUACCAGAUAUUUACUGAUCGCAAUCAACGUUAUAUUUGUGAUUUGUGGAAUUGCAAUGAUCACAGUUGGAGCUCUUGGCACUAAACAGGAUAUGACGCACUUCUUAGGUAGCAAAUAUAUAACAGCGCCUAUCAUUUGUAUAGUUGCAGGAUGUAUAAUGUUUCUGGUAUCAUUCUUUGGAUUCUACGGUGCUCUCAAAUAUAAUCAUGUAAUGAUCAUGGUGUUUGCAUUGCUGGUAUUUAUUAUAAUGAUUUUGGAGAUUGGUGGUGGAAUCGGUGCAUACUUAUACAGAGAAAAGACUGAAGCUUUUCUUAAAAAGAACAUGGAGGAAAGUCUAAAACAACAUCAAAAUGAUACAUUAAAAUUUUGGAAUGCAAUGCAAUCACGAUUAGAAUGUUGUGGUGUUAAUGGUCCAUCAGAUUAUGAAACACAUAAUUAUCCAAUUCCAGGUAGUUGCUGUAAAGGCAGUGCUGGAAAUGCUACGUGCGAGAAAGCAGAUGCUUUUCAGACCGGCUGUUAUCCUCAACUGCGUGAAACAGUCAAUGAACAUGUAAUCGCCAUUUUUGCUGUUGCUAUUGUGUUUGCAGUAGUUGAGCUUGUAAUAUUCUUGUCUUCUUUGUUCUUAGCUCAUGCAAUCAAGAAAGAAAGUGAAAGAAGUACUCAGUAAAGUUACAUAUUCAUAUGUUCUAGGUACAACAUGUUCUUAAAUCUGUCCGAUAGGGACCAUUUUUCAUCCUUUUACUCAUUAAUAUAUUUACUUCCUUAUUUGUUUUUCAAA